AUGACCAAACCAGCACCAAAUGUAGCGGGAGAUCAUUCAUUCUGUAACUCAUCCAAAGGAUUAUAUCCCCAAAAGGCCAAGGGAAUGUCAUUCUUUGCCUUUCUUCUCUCCACUUUUGUUUACAUUUCUGUAUUUUAUAUCUUCAAUUUGUCUCCUUCCACUCUCUUCAACACCACCAAGUUUUGGUUCUUCAUUACCAACACUCUCAUCCUCAUCAUUGCUGCUGACUAUGGUGCUUUCUCUUCAUCCAAAGAGGAACAAGGUCUUUACGCGGACGAGUACAUGAAUAUGCCUAGCAAAGUGAAAACUAGUGUUUCAUCCUUGGUUUCACAGUACCCGGAAGUUGUUGAUAAAGAAACCAAUCGUCCCGAGAUCAGAUCGAAAGAGGUUGUCGUUUGGCAUGAAAAGAAAAUAAUAACUCAGGAAAGCGAUUCGUUCCCAGAAAGUAAUAUUCCGCAUGAGGUUGUGACCAAUACAGAUCAUUCGGAAAAGCAUGAUCAUGUUCAUCAUGAUGAAGAUUGGCAAGAAAAGAGGCCGCAUGAGGUCCUUACUCCGAAAGCUGAUCACAAGAUUCAUUCAAGAACGUCCUAUCGUCGAGUUAAGUCCGAGAAAGCGAGACGGGUAGUGAUUGACGAAAGCAAGAACGAAAUUCGAAGGAACAGUACAGAGACUGCCAAACGUGAACCAAACCUCGAAGAAAAUGAUCAGUUUUCAACCAUGUCCGAUGAGGAACUGAACAGAAGAGUUGAAGAGUUUAUUCAGUGGUUUAAUGGACAAAUCCGGCUUCAAGCAACUAGAAAGUACUCCGGCGAAAUUUAA